CAGGACACGACUAGAUGUCUCAUGUCAGUUGUCACUGUCAAAAUCCGGCUUUUGCAAUUUACAAUUUCUUUCCUGAAACCACAUUGAGGUAUUUAAUGUUUCAAAAUGCCUCCUAAAAAAGUAGAAGAGCCAGAAAAAAAGCCACUUAUUGGUCGCGUCGGAACAAAUUUGAAAGUGGGAAUCGUAGGUGUACCAAAUGUCGGAAAAUCAACGUUCUUUAAUGUUUUAACCAAGAGCCAAGCAGCAGCUGAAAAUUUUCCUUUCUGCACCAUUGAUCCCAAUGAAAGUAGGGUACCAGUUCCCGAUGAGAGAUAUGAUUAUCUCUGCCAGUACCACAAACCAGCCAGCAAAGUUCCUGCGUUUUUGAAUGUAGUUGAUAUCGCCGGUUUGGUACGAGGAGCUGCGGAAGGCCAAGGUCUUGGAAAUGCUUUCUUGUCGCAUAUAAAGGCGUGUGAUGCCAUCUUCAACCUAUGCCGUGCAUUUGACGACGAAGACGUAAUCCAUGUCGACGGUGACGUCAAUCCAAUCAGAGAUUUGGAGACCAUUGGCGAAGAAUUGAGACUAAAAGACGAAGAACAAUUGCUGCAGAAUAUUGACAAACUGGACAGGGUGGUAAACCGCGGCAAUGAUAAGAAACUUAAGCCUGAAUAUGAUGCAUUGAUGAAGAUCAAGAGUGUGUUAAUUGAUGAGAAAAAACACAUCCGUUUUGGUGAUUGGAGUGCGGCCGAAAUAGAAGUUUUAAAUAAGUACCUGUUUCUCACAUCUAAGCCUGCUUUGUACCUUGUCAACUUGUCAGAAAAGGAUUAUAUUCGAAAAAAGAACAAAUGGUUACCAAAACUAAAGGAAUGGAUCGACAAGAACGACCCGGGUGCCCCAUUGAUACCUUUCUCCGGAGUUUUGGAGACCAAAUUACUGGAUAUGGACGCUGAAGAGAAACAGGCCUUCUUGAAGGAACAUGGCAUCGCCAGUGCCCUAGAUAAGAUCAUCGUGCAAGGAUACAAGGCCCUGCAGUUAGAAUACUUCUUUACGGCUGGUGCUGAUGAAGUCAAAGCGUGGACCAUUCAGAAAGGUACAAAAGCACCCCAAGCCGCUGGCAGAAUUCACACCGACUUUGAAAAAGGUUUCAUUAUGGCUGAAGUAAUGCAUUUCAAAGAUUUCAAGGAAGAAGGCUCGGAAGCUGCUUGCAAGUCAGCCGGCAAAUACCGUCAACAAGGUCGUAACUACGUGGUCGAAGACGGCGACAUUAUUUUCUUCAAGUUCAACGCCGGCGCCGGACUCAAGGACGCUAAGAAGAAAUGACGUGACAAAGUUACGUUGUUGCUCGUACACAUGCUGUACUUCAACCUCGUUCUAUACACGUUACUACAUGUCUCUUGAAGGACAAUCAUUUGUACGAAUAAUUUAUACUGUGCCGUGUUCAUAACGCUUCGUUAUUGGUGGAUAUUUAAGAUAAACUAAGAAUUUUAUAGCGAUUAUUUUUUUAAGUAUCUCCGUUCCGCUCUAACUUAUCACCGAGUGUCUAUACGCGAGCGAGAUAGCAUAAUGCACUGGCAUAAUCGAGCUUAUAAAACACAUGUUUUAAUACUUUUGUUAAUUACGUACGUUAAUUGAAUGCUCGUCUGUAAUCGCUCGCUUACUCUUACUUUCUAAUUAUUAUCUACAUGUUAUUCUAUUGUUGUUAUGAAUUUAAGUAAUGAUCAUGGUUUCGUAAUGUCCGAGGGUUUCCAAUUAUAUCACUUCAACAAACUCUUCAA